AUGGCGCAAAAUUACUUAGACUUAGCACCAUGGAGGUUAUACUUCGACGGUUCAAGACAUAAGCAUGGAUCUGAGGUAGGGGAAGUCAUAAUUUCUCCAGAUGGAAUUCUAGCAGAGUUCAAAUACAGAAUUAAAGGGGUAUGCACAAAUAAUGAGGCAGAAUACAAGUCACUGAUCACAGGACUUGAACUACUGCUAGAAUUGGGGGCAAUGAAUUUCGAAAUUAUGGGAGACUCGGAGUUAGUGAUUGAGCAAGCAUCGAAAGAAUACAGGUGUGUUAAAGAAAAUUUAAUCAUGUAUUUUGUGGUUACCAUCAGAUUACUCAAGAAGUUUGAGCAAGUCAACCUCCAGCACAUACCACAGAAAGAGAACCAAAGAGCAAAUGAUUUGGCGCAGGAGGCUUCAUGGUACAAAGCAUCGAAAGACCAGGAUGAAGAUGUCCAAGUAAGAGAGAAAGUACGAGCGACAUUGUUAUCACCAUCAGAUUUGUCGACUAUAAAGUUGGGAGCCGUAGAUAAAUGUCAUUUUGAAAUUUUGACCGUCGACGACGAAGGGGAAAGUGAUUGGCGUAAACCGCUAGUCGAUUAUUUACGUAAUCCUGUAGGGUCGACAGAUCGAAAGAUAAAAUAUAGGGCUCUUAGCUACGUCUUGGUGAAUGAUGAACUAUUCAAAGAGACAGUUGAAGGAGUGUUACUAAAAUGCCUGAGAGAAAGCGAGGCAUAUGUGGUUGUGUCUAGCCCCUGGCCUUUUCGAGGGUGGGCACUGGAUGUUAUCGGAGAAAUAAAACCAGCCUCGUCGAAACAACAAAGAUUUGGCAUCCCAGAAACAAUCACAACCGACCAGGGGUUAGUUUUCACUGGUCGAAAAGUGCAAGAUUUUGCCAAAGAAAUGGGAAUCAAAUUACUGACUUCUACCCCCUAUUACCCACAGGCGAAUGGCCAAGUCGAAGUUGCUAAUAAGGUGAUCAUCAGCCUAAUAAAGAAACACAUAGUGUUGCCAGUAGAGAUUCAGGUCCAAGCGGUCAGAACCCAAAGGCAAUAUGAAAUACCUUCUGAAGAUUAUUGGAGCAUGAUGACAGACGAACUGGUCGACGUAGAUGAAGAGAGAAUGUUAGCCUUGGAAUCCCUACGAAGUCAGAAAGAAAAAGUCGCCAGAGCCUACAAUAAAAAGGUGAAAGGAAAAAUGUUUGCUGUUGACGAUCUAGUUUGGAGAGUGAUCUUGCCUAUGGACAGAAAGGAUAGAGUUUUGGGUAAAUGGUCCCCUAAUUGGGAAGGACCGUUUAAGGUUUUGCAGGCCUUUUCUAAUAACACCUACGAGGUCGAGGAGUUGGCACCAGAUAGGCAAAGUACUUGA